AUGGCAAACGCACUAGUGCGUAUUAAUUGCAUGCCAAAGCAGCAAUUAGUUGCUCUCGUUCCGGCAGCUCUGCGCAACACUGCGGUCGUUGCUGGGUGUAAUAACAAGCAGCAAGUGCGCCUCCAGUCAGCCCAAGCAUCCGCACCACCACCACAAACGAAAACCAAGUUCGGCGCGUUGGCCGACCAGGACCGUAUCUUUACCAAUCUGUAUGGUCGUCAUGAUUGGCGUUUGAAAGGCGCUCUCAAGCGCGGCGAUUGGUACAAGACGAAGGAAAUCCUGCUGAAGGGCACGGAUUGGAUUUUGAAUGAAAUCAAGGUAUCGGGUUUGCGUGGUCGUGGAGGUGCCGGAUUUCCUACUGGCAUGAAAUGGUCCUUCAUGAACAAACCUUCUGAUGGCCGUCCGAAGUAUCUGGUCGUUAACGCCGACGAGGGUGAACCGGGAACGUGCAAGGAUCGUGAGAUCAUGCGUCACGAUCCUCACAAGCUGAUCGAAGGCUGCCUUAUCGCAGGACGUGCGAUGGGAGCGCGGGCAGCUUACAUUUACAUUCGUGGAGAAUUCUACAAUGAAGCUUCCAACAUGCAGUUGGCCAUUGCCGAAGCUUACCAGGCGGGUUUAAUUGGAAAGAACGCCUGUGGAUCCGGUUACGAUUUUGACGUUUUCAUGCACCGAGGAGCCGGCGCGUACAUUUGUGGCGAAGAAACGGCCCUCAUUGAAUCCCUGGAGGGUAAGCAAGGUAAGCCGCGUCUAAAGCCGCCAUUCCCGGCCGAUGUCGGUGUGUUCGGAUGUCCCACGACGGUUUCGAACGUGGAAACUGUGGCUGUAGCACCAACAAUCUGCCGCCGAGGUGGUGUAUGGUUUGCCAGUUUCGGUCGUACUCGUAACUCCGGUACGAAACUGUUCAACAUCUCCGGCCACGUCAAUACGCCGUGUACGGUCGAGGAAGAGAUGUCAAUUCCGUUGAAGGAACUGAUCGAGCGCCACGCCGGGGGCAUUCGUGGUGGAUGGGACAAUUUGCUCGGUAUCAUCCCCGGCGGUUCUUCGACGCCCGUCAUUCCGAAGUCAGUUUGUGAGGAUGUGUUGAUGGAUUUCGAUGGUCUGGUGCAGGCUCAAACCUCUCUGGGAACGGCUGCCAUUAUUGUGAUGGAUAAAUCGACGGACAUCAUCAAAGCAAUCUCGCGUUUGAUUAUGUUUUACAAGCACGAAAGCUGCGGUCAAUGUACACCGUGCCGCGAGGGAAUUUCGUGGAUGAACAAAAUUAUGCAUCGCUUUGUAUCCGGUGAUGCACGUCCGGCUGAAAUCGAUAUGUUGUGGGAAAUUUCUAAACAGAUCGAAGGUCACACCAUCUGUGCUUUGGGUGACGGUGCAGCUUGGCCAGUUCAAGGCCUUAUUCGACAUUUCCGCCCGGAAAUUGAAUCCAGGAUGAAGCAGUACGAGCAAAAGCAAGCCGCAGAUAAGAACUAA